AUGAGAGGCACCGUUGUCAAGCCCAUGGGGUUCGUGCUUCCCCGGAGGCCACAAAUACUAUGCCUCCUGUGCGAAUCGCGAGCCUUCAGCACAUCACACCGACAGCUUUCCGAAAAGGCACAGGCGACAGCAGCCAAAACAUUGGCUCCCGGCACGUUCCCGGUGUCUGCUAAAACCAUCGCUCCUUCGCCCCUUGAGAAUGCGCCACGGGGUUACGGCAAGCGUGUCGAGGAUUUUACGCCCGUCCCGUUGCCUCGGCCUAUAGGCAUGCCGUUCCCGCCAGAGGCCGGUCAGAAUACAGGCCUUGAUAACCGAACGAUAAAGCAGCGCAGAGACGACUUUGUCAACUGGAAUAAGCACCUAGAGAGAAGGGAGGAACUGAAAACACAAUUCCGUAAGCCCUACUUCCGUGACUGGACGAACCUCGAGCUUCACAAGGGCAAGACUUUCAUCUGCCCCCCGCGGCUGUUCAAGGGCGAGCUCUCGCUCUGGUUCCCGAACCUAUACGGCACAACCCUCCUCAAGUCCGACCGCAAACCACGCGACACGACGCCCGUACUAGAAGACAAGGUGUCCGUGGUCAGCGUGUACAGCGGACAAUGGGCCGAGAACCAGGCCAAGUCCUUUGCCUCUGCCGAGGCCAACCCUGAGCUGGUAGAGCUGCUCCAGGACAACACAGACAAGGCGCAGCACGUGCAGAUCAACAUUGAGGGAGACCGGUUGAAGGCCUUCUUGAUCAAAUUGUUCAUGGGCGGGCUCCGGAAGAGUGUCGGCGAGGCGAAUUGGGGGAAAUACUUCCUCGUCCGCAAGGGCGUCUCGGAUGAACUCAAGGAGGCGAUCGGCUUGCUGAACAGCAAGGUCGGCUAUGUGUACCUUGUGGACAGCCAGUGCCGCAUCCGCUGGGCCGGGAGUGGUUACGCUGAGGACCAUGAGAGAUCCGGCUUGGUGAAGGGCGUGCAGAGGUUGCUCGAGGAGGAAAAGAGCGCCAAGCCGAGGGUUAAGACUACCGUAAAGGCGUGA